AUGGUGCUUCUGGAUCAAUCUGCCCAUAUCCAGUCUUGUUUUCUUUCUUCUGCUCUUUACCUCAAACUCGAAAUACCACAGACGCCGAUGUGGACUGGAAUCAAGGCUGUCAAUUGGACAGGAUCUUUAUUUGUCAUUGGAAGCCCCAUAAUGUUACUACUUGGCCUCGACUUCGGCGUGACCCAUCCCUGGGACUCCGCUACCGUCCUCUGCCUAAUUAUUUUCAGCGUAGUGACAGCCGCUCUGUUCGUUUUUAAUGAGUGGAAAUUACUGAAGUAUCCAAUUGUCCCGCUGGUCGGGAAUUGCUUCAUUCUUAGUGGUUUCUGCCACGGCUUUAUUUUCCUAGGUCGGUCCUAUUACCUGCCACUCUAUUUCCAAGGUGUUCUCGGCGUGAGUCCUAUCAUGUCGGGCGUUUAUCCGCUACCCCUUAUCAUCUCGAUAUCGAUAUCUGCUGCCUUGACGGGAGUUUUCAUUCAGAAAAGAGGCGAGUAUAUACCCGCGAUGUGGGCGGGCUUGGUUCUCUUGACACUAGGCGUAGGCCUACUUGUCAGACUCGACGGAACUGCCAACUGGGGCAAGAUCAUUGGAUUUUAA